AUGUUUAAUAUAUAUACACCUCAUAAAUCUACCAAACAAAAUAAGCUACAAUAUGCAACUGCUAAAUGUCAUAAAGGUAUAAAAAUAGAUAUUAAAAAAGCUUAUGAAACUGGUGUAUGUUUACUUAAGAAACUUAUUGCAGAAACUUGUGAAACUGCUUCCUUAACAGCUGAUUUUUAG